AGGACAGAGCGAGAGGGCGUUUCCGUUUCCCCUUGCGGCCUGUUCUGUCUGUCACCUCCUGCUGCGCGGUUCUAGCUGUACGGGACGCGUCCUGUCCCCGGUGCGCAGGCGGGAGAGGCCCGAGCUGAACGCGUAAACAUCGGGCGUGGGACGCAUGAUUUUAAAGGACUGGGUGCUGCAAAUGGAAGCGGAUAGUUUUGUGCGCAGGCGGCGGAUGACAGCGGACACAUCGGGCGGCGAUGCCGCGGUGGCCGGAGCUUCCGCGGGAGCGAAGAUACACUGGCUCGGCGGCAGGUUCUGGGGUGUUUCCGAGAGUCUCGUCGGCAUUUUGACACCUCGGAUAGCAGGAGAAACGGAGCUUCAUGUUGGACAUUUCUAUGGUUCCCAGGAGGCCAAUGAUUUGUCGGAACCGGACUAUGAGGGUUUGCCCCAGGGUGCCUCCACCAGCACGCACAUGUUGGCAGGAGCAGUGGCAGGAAUCAUGGAGCAUUGCCUGAUGUUCCCUGUUGAUUGUGUGAAGACGCGCAUGCAGAGCCUUCAGCCAGAGCCAGCUGCCCGCUACCGUAACGUGAUGGACGCUUUGUGGCGAAUCGUGAGGACGGAGGGAAUCUGGAGGCCAAUCAGGGGUCUGAAUGUUACAGCUGUAGGGGCGGGGCCAGCCCACGCACUGUACUUCGCCUGUUACGAAAGGUUGAAAAAGGUCCUCGGUGAUAUCAUCCAUCCAGGAGCGAACAGUCAUUUGGCGAACGGGGCCGCUGGAUGUGUUGCCACAUUGCUUCACGAUGCUGCAAUGAAUCCAGCUGAAGUGGUGAAGCAGAGGAUGCAGAUGUAUAACUCGCCAUACCGUGGCGUUCUGGACUGUAUACGCUGCGUGUGGCAGCAGGAGGGGGCGCUGGCCUUUUAUCGCAGCUACACCACGCAGCUCACCAUGAACGUCCCAUUCCAGGCGUUGCACUUCAUGACCUACGAGUAUCUGCAAGAGCUGAUGAACCCCCAUAGACAUUAUAACCCCUCCUCCCACAUGGUGUCGGGCGCACUGGCAGGCGCCAUCGCCGCCGCUACCACCACGCCACUGGACGUUUGCAAGACGCUGCUGAACACGCAGGAGUCUCUGCCACUCAAUUCCAUCAGCCAGAGCGGAAGACGCAUCACGGGCCUCGGCCAUGCCUUCCGGACUGUCUACAGGCUUGGCGGCCUUCCUGCUUACUUCAAAGGCGUUCAGGCCAGGGUCAUAUACCAGAUGCCCUCGACUGCCAUCAGCUGGUCCGUCUACGAGUUCUUCAAGUACGUUAUCACCAAACACCAGCACGAGAAGCGCAGGAUCCAAAGGGACGGAGAGAAGUAACCGCUCACAGCUGGCCUGACCUUGGCUUUCUCUCGCAUAACCAACCAGAUAAGUACGCGAGCUGCAAAAGGACUGAUUUAAUAAAUGAUACGCACAUAUAGAGUCCAAACACUCAUGUCUGUUUACUUCGUUUCAGUUGGCAUUUAAUACUGAAAC